CCCCCUUGCCUUUCAACUUUCCAACUUGCUUCUUGCUAGUCAGCAGUCAUGCCAAUGUCCAAGGACGCCCAAGUGAGCUUCGCCUCACCUUCCAAGAGCUCUUCUGCUGCUGCAGCUACAGCAAACUUGCACAAGAAGCACAAGCCUCAGACGCGCCAGGUUUACGUCGAUCCUAAUCUACCUCCGUUGCACCAGUGUCCUCCACUGGACGACGAGGGUACUGAAGGACAUGCGCUCACACUACUGCGCUUCACACUGAAGCUUGUGGUCUUCCACUUGGUUACCUUGAUGCUGGGUGUGACGGCCUUUACUGUUGUCGUCGGAGGUAUGCUGCUCUCCAUCCUAUUGACGCCGCUGUGCUGUGUCGGCCUCGUAUUCUUCCGCCUCGUGCUCUGUCUAGUGGCAGUGCUGGCUGAACUGGAUGUGCGGCUUACCAACUUCGUCUCACUACCAGAGGAGCACAUCUCAACGAAGAAACUGCAGCGAGGUUCACAUGCCAGCGCACGAGCAUGCGGUGAGACGAGUGUCGAGCGGUUGGUACCAGAUCUGAACAAGGUUUCGCGGCCAGCAAUGCGUGCGACGCUGUACUUCAUGUCUGUAAAGACACUGAUCGGGCUGCUGAGCAGUCUGGUGCUUUCAGUUGCCUUCUCGCUACCGGUAGGUGCGAUCUGGCGCGGGAGCUUGGGCGACAACUUUGAUGGGGCUGUAGGAAUGCUAGUGUUCUUGCUCGCGACAGUCCUGCUGCUGGGUAUUGGCAUUCCGCUCAUGCAGUAUAGCGCACGGCUAUCAAGAGCAGCGACGGUGUGCUUCUGCUGUGAGAAGUGCGCACCCGUGCAGCACACUGAGAAGGAUCACUCCACUGCGUACGGCUCUACGGAGAUCUGCAGCGCGGCGUAGGCUAGCAAACGAGCAGCAAACCCAAUGGUGUAGCGCUCUCGCUACACGGCGGACGCUGCGCAUGUAUAUAUCGUGACAGAGAGGUGUCGUGGUAACACUACGCUUCUUAAACGCAUUAACAUUUUUGCCACUUCGCUCGUGACUCGAUUACUUCGUUACAUGACUACAAGACUGACAA